GAGUACACGCAGAUGUCGGGGCGCGCCGGGCGCCGCGGGCUGGACGCCACCGGCACCGUCAUCAUCCUCUGCAAGGGACCGGUGCCCGAGCUGUCCGACCUGCACCGCAUGAUGCUGGGCCGGCCGUCGCCGCUGCAGUCGCGGUUCCGCCUGACGUACCCCAUGAUCCUGCUGCUGCUGCGCGCCCCCGCCCUGCGCCCCCACGACCUGAUGCGCCGCAGCUUCGCCGAGUUCCCGCUGCGCCGCGACACCACC